GAAGAAUGGAGGCUGCUGACCAGCGCAAGUGCCACAACUGCGGCCAGACCGGCCACCUGCGUCGCGACUGCCCCGAGGCCCCGUCCCAGGAGGGAUUCAGCGGCUACGGCGGCCCGUGCUUCGGCUGCGGCCAGGUGGGCCACAUCCGCCGCGACUGCCCCGAGGACGUGCAGCCCCCCAAGUGCCACAACUGCGGUGAGACCGGCCACCUGCGCCGCGACUGCCCCCAGGAGCUGCGCGAGUCGCGCAAGUGCCACCACUGCGGCCAGAGCGGCCACCUGCGUCGCGACUGCCCCGAUGACAACGGCCCGAGCGAGGACAAGUGCUACCAGUGCGGCGAGACCGGCCACUGGGCCCGCAACUGCCCCGGCGCCAAGGCCUAAGCACCCGACGCCGUGA